AUGUCUGUUGUCCCUGGUCUCUAUAGGAUCACUACUCACCUCUCCCCUAACCCCGCCAUUGGGGUUGACCCAAGAAUUUUGUCGGCAAUCAAGCCAGUAAUUGUCGCACCUCCUGAUUUUUCCCCUGAAGGCACAACAUGGGAAGUAGUACAGGACGAAGAUGGCCAGCUUUAUCUUCUUCUUGUCCAUAGUGCCAGGACUCGCCCAGAAGAGCAGAGAGUGUUUGCGUACUAUGCACAACCGGGUGAGAGGUGGAAAAUUGUCCACCACCCACUCCGCAGGGGGUAUGCCAUCCUGAGCCCGGACGAAUCGCUCGCUUGGUAUCUUCCCAACUCCGAAUACCUCACCCAGGUCGAGCUCAAGCCCAUGGGGAUCCUGCCUGGCGAAGGAUACUACUUCAAUUUGGAGAGGUUGGUCGAGUAA